GGGCUCUUACAGGACAAGGAUCGGACAUGGCAGUGCGGCGUUGGGGACAGUCUGGCCAAAAGCGUCGUCGAGAACGACCACGGAGCCUAUGCGCCGGAAAGCUGAGGGCCCGAUAGUCGGGCAGAUUCCAUGGGCCAGGCACAGCAGAAGCAGAAGAAAACGCGACAGUCCAUGUAGUAUAGUAGCGUCAUGCUGUUGGACUCGAUGUCCUCCCUACUUCGUAACGUGUACCUGCUUUGUUGAACCUAAAGGUGGCAUGCCUCGUACUCGGACGAACGAGCAGGCAGCUCCAGCUCUCACAAAACCCACGAGCCGCACUUUGAGCAACUUUUGCUUCGUGCGAGGGACUCGGACUCCUUCACUCGGCCUGGUUUGUAAUACGUCGUGAGGCCCUUCUUGCGGCGCGGCGUUUGCGUCCGGACUCCCGAAUGCCGACUGA